UUUGGCUGAAAUAAUUAAUACCAAAUUAUGAAUGAUAAUGGCAUAGCUGCACAAUGAGCCAUAUAAACGUUGGAAAUUAUUCAUAAGGACAAAAUAAGCAACAAAAACUAAAACAACCACAAGACAUCCAAAAGGUCCCUGUUUUUCGGUCAACAAGCACGUGCCCAUUCCAGACAAUCAUAAAUUCACAGCAACAACCAAAACACAAUAAAAGACACACAAAAACGAUAACAACAAUGCGUUACAAAAUCAAGGCCAAGAAAAACAGUAACUAUAACACCCCAACCCCGUGGCGGAGAAUUAAAAGUAACACCGCCAACCUAAUACUCGCUUGCGGAUGUUGCCUUGUCCUAAUCAUCACCACACUGGCCAUUGUCUAUGAGACAAAAAGAAUUAUGAAUGAAGAUCCAGGUUAUUGGCAAAUUGAUAUAACAGAUGUGGAUGAUGCUGGGGCAGAGGCUAUGGAUACGCCAGGUCAAAAUCCAGAAAUUGGGAUUUUAAAAAAUUUACCUGAGGAAUUACAUGUUUUUGCCACGGGCAGUUCGUCAACGUCUUCGAAUGAAUAUACAUUUGGCUCCUCAUCGCUGUAUUAUGACGAGGGUGGUAGUGGCGCUGGUAGUGGCAAUGGGCCAAGCGGUUCCGGAGCAGGGGCAUUAAAUGGCGACACAAAUGUAGCCAAUGCCAUGGAAGAGGUGAAGAUGCGACGAAAACGAGCAACUAUUGAAUAUGAUGAAAUGGGCAAUCGUGUUUACAAUGUUGGUGUAUUGAUGGCAUCGCAUUUGGAUUCACCUUUUGACUUGGAGCGUUGCGGUCCGGCUGUUGAUUUGGCAUUGGAUGUCAUUAAUAAGGAAUUUCUGAGACCUCAUAACAUUACGUUAAGGAAGGUUCAGGCAAGUUAUCCCUCCUGUAGCGGUGCCAAAGCUCCCGGUUUGGCAGCUGAUAUGCAUUUUAAGAACGAUGUGAUUGCCUUUGUGGGACCUGCAUGUGCCUUUGCCCUGGAACCGGUGGCACGUUUGGCUGCCUAUUGGAAUUCACCCAUCAUCACCGGCAUGGGUGAUCAGCCUCCAUCCGAAGGUGAAUUAACGGUGACAUCUGGAAUACUGGGACGAAUACACAAGUGGAAAAAUGAAAGUACGGGCAUGUUUAAGGACAAGACCAAAUACCCAACACUGACACGCAUGUCGUAUUGCCAGUGCCGUUUGAAAUUAGUUUUCGCCAGUGUCUUUCGUCAAUUUAAUUGGAAACAUGUUGCUCUGUUGGUGGAUCGUUCCGAUUUGUUUUCGCUGACGGUGGGGAAAAAUCUGGAAUAUGGUCUGCGGCAGGAGGGCCUCUUAAGUUUUGUACGUGAGCUAAAUGGCAAUGAGCAGGAACCGUAUGAGCUGUAUUUAAAGGAUGCCAGCAUGUAUGCCAGAGUGGUAAUAUUAUCUGUUCGUGGCACAUUGGUAAGAAAAUUCAUGUUAGCCGCCUAUUCUUUGGGUAUGACAAAUGGUGAUUGGGUAUUCUUGGAUGUGGAGAUUUUUCAGAGCUCCUAUUGGGGUGACCAUGACUGGGAAAUGGGUGAUGCCGAUGAUGGAAGAGCCCGUAAGGCCUAUGAAGCCCUGUUGCGUGUGUCUUUGUUACAGCCCUCGAGCCCCAAGUAUCAAGGAUUUGCGGACAACGUCAAGGAAAUGGCCUUGAAAAAUUACAACUACACCUUUGGAGAGGGAGAGGAGGUCAACUUUUUCAUUGGUGCCUUCUAUGAUGGCGUCUAUUUGCUAGGCAUGGCCCUCAAUGAAACCCUAAGUGAGGGAGAAGAUAUUCGCGAUGGCAUGGCCAUAACCAGACGUAUGUGGAAUCGCAAUUUCCAUGGCAUAACAGGUCAUGUGCGGAUCGAUGAUAAUGGCGAUAGAGAUGCAGAUUAUUCGAUAUUGGAUUUGGAUCCUAUUAAUGGAAAGUUUGCAGUUGUGGCCCAUUACUAUGGGUUGCAUAGGAACUAUUCCGGUGUACAUGGCAAAAAGAUUCACUGGCCCGGUGGCAAAGAAGGACCUCCACCAGAUAUUCCAAAAUGUGGAUUCCUAGGCAAUUCGCCGAAAUGUCAUGGCAAUGAAUUGAUCAUCGUCUAUGCCAUGUUUGCACUGAUUAUCUUCCUGGGGUUUACAUUCUUGGUCGUGUAUCUUAUGUGCAAGCAAAUGAAAUUGAAUAAUGAACUGAACAAUAUGUCGUGGAGGGUACGACCUGAUGAUGUGCUGCUGGAAGUUGGACGUUUGUAUGGCAGCAAGGUUGGCCUGCAGAAAUUAAAUGCAGAGAAUUUCUCUUUGCAACAAUAUGGUAUACAUUCGGGAAGAGCGUCCAUUGCAAGCUGUACUUCGCUGCCCUUGACUCAGGUAUUCACCACCAUUGGCAUAUUCAAAGGUGAGCGUGUGGCCAUCAAGAAAAUCCACAAAAAGAAAGUGGAUAUAACCUCAACUUUGCUGUGGGAAAUCAAACAAGCUCGCGAUGUAAGCCAUGAGAAUACUGUACGUUUUGUGGGAGCCUGUAUAGACUUGCCGCGGCCUACAGUGUUGAUUUUAACCGAAUAUUGUCCAAAAGGAAGUUUAAAGGAUGUUCUAGAAAAUGACGCCAUACAACUUGAUUGGAAUUUCCGGAUGUCCUUGAUCCAUGACAUUGUCAAGGGUAUGGCAUAUUUGCAUAACAGUGAUGUUCAGGUCCAUGGUAAACUGCGUUCGUGUAAUUGUCUCAUUGAUGGUCGUUUUGUAUUGAAAAUCUCCGAUUUUGGGUUAAGGACACUGACAACACCAUCAGAGUUUGUUAAGGAUCAAAAUUAUUUCAAUAAAUUCAUGUGGAUUGCUCCAGAGCUGCUGCCGCUAACCGUCUUUCCCGGUAAUCCUGCAACCCAGAAGGGUGAUGUCUAUUCCUUUGCCAUAAUUUUGGAGGAAAUUGUUGUGCGUGGUGGACCCUAUGAAACAGCACGUCAAUUUAUGGAUAUACAAACAAUAUUGAAUCGCGUCGAAUCUCAUGAAAGUCCACCGUUUCGUCCAUUUGUGGGUCAGCGUGAUUGUCCACCCGAUGUCUUGGAUUUAAUGGAGAAAUGUUGGGCAGAUCACCCGGAUGAUAGGCCGGCAUUUGGGGCUAUACGUUCCACUGUGCGAUUGAUAAUGAAAGGCUUUUGUGAAAAUCUUAUGGACGAUUUGCUGCGGCGCAUGGAACAGUAUGCCAAUAAUUUGGAAAGUUUGGUUGAAGAGAAAACCGAACAGUUGAGUAUUGAAAAGAAACGUACCGAAGAAUUGCUGUAUCAGGUUCUGCCACGACCAGUGGCCACACAGCUGCUGGCCGGUGAAAUGGUACAGCCGGAACAAUUCGAAUGCGUGACCAUAUAUUUCAGUGAUAUUGUUGGCUUUACGGCUCUCUGUGCUCAAAGUGGACCCAUGGAAGUGGUGGACUUUCUCAAUGAUUUGUACAGUACUUUUGAUCGUAUUAUUGGAUUUUAUGAUGUGUACAAGGUGGAAACAAUAGGCGACGCUUACAUGGUGGUAUCGGGUCUGCCGGAACGUAAUGGGGAUAAUCACGCCCGAGAAAUAGGCCUAAUGGCUUUGGCCAUUUUGGACGCUGUAAAAAGUUUUAGCAUAAAACAUAAACCUGAGUAUCAAUUGAAAAUUCGAAUUGGAAUUCAUUCGGGCCCGGUGUGUGCUGGGGUGGUGGGUCAAAAAAUGCCACACUAUUGUCUGUUUGGAGAUACAGUGAAUACUGCAUCGCGCAUGGAAUCUACUGGGAUGCCCCUACGCAUUCAUGUCUCAUCGGCAGCAAAGGUAAUUUUCGAUAAGUUUGGAACCUUUGAAAUGGAAUUGCGCGGCGAAGUCGAAGUCAAGGGCAAAGGUACGGUGACAACAUAUUGGCUUGUUGGUUGCUCCGAACCGGAUCCAAGGCCACCAACACCACAUAAAAAUAAUAACGAUGAUGUUCCAUUCCCCAUCCUCUUUCCGGCCAUUGGCAAAUAAGGAUUUUUGGAACCAAUACAAAAUGUAUGUUGCUGUUAUGAGAUACGCUCUCUCACUCUCUCUAUGUUGCUUAUAAACGAACGAAAUUACCAUGCUUUAUCCCACUGUAGUUCAAUUAUAGUUAAGUAUUGGAAAAUGUGUGCUCAGAAAACCAAAUUCGAAAUUUCUCUUCCAUAACUACGAAGUGAUAUGUUUGAAUAUUCGUUUUACUUAAGAUUGUAGAUGUAAGAUGAGGAAUUUUUUGCGAGUAGGAAUAUAUGAAAUGUUAGGUUAUGUUAAUGUGUAUUUUAUAUGUAUGUAUUGUGAAGACUAAUAGUUUGCAGUGUAAUAGGCUUUUUGGAGAUAUUGUGGAGAAUUUUGUAUUUUUCCAACCGUGCGGUAAGUAUUGCUAGUUUUAAUAUUCAUAUGUACAAGAAGUAGUAUGUUC